ACAAGACGUGAUGGAGCCGGAGGGUGUACCGGAGGCGCCAGCGAUGGCUAAUUUGGCCCAAACAGCCGCCAUGAAACUGUCCCAAAUGAGCGAACGAAGUAAGCAGCUGGGCACCGCCAUGCAGAACCCGGACCGCCAGAGACGGAUUAUCCUGGUCAUAGUUUGUGUUGCACUUUUGUUAGACAACAUGCUGUACAUGGUGAUCGUGCCGAUCAUCCCCGACUACCUGGCAGAACUGCAGAUCGAAGCGGAACACGCCCGUCCCGUCCAGCACUACAACUUCACCAACGGCACGGUCCCAAAAGUAACCAAGGGUAACUUCGACCUGCAGAUCGGGGUACUUUUCGCGUCCAAAGCCAUCCUGCAGCUCCUCAUCAACCCGAUUAGCGGCACGUUAAUAGACCGCAUUGGUUAUGACAUCCCGCUGUUCAUCGGACUCAACGUCAUGUUCCUCUCCACGCUCACGUUCGCCUUCGCGGAGAAUUACGCGACGCUGUUCCUGGCGCGCAGCAUGCAGGGCUUCGGCUCAGCGUUCGCGGACACCGCGGGCAUCGCGCUCAUCGCGGACACGUACACUGAGGAGCGCGACCGGAGCCGAGCCCUGGGUAUCGCGCUGGCCUUCAUCUCCUUCGGGAGCCUCGUGGCGCCCCCAUUUGGAGGCAUCCUCUACCAGUUCGCGGGGAAGCGCGUGCCCUUCCUGGUCCUGGCCGUCAUAUGUCUCAUCGACGGCAUCAUGUGCCUGGCCGUGUUGAAACCGUUCUCCAACAAGGAGAGGGCCAACAUGCCCGUGGGGACCCCAAUCUACAAGCUGAUGUUCGACCCCUACAUCGCCGUGGUGGCCGGUGCGCUCACCACCUGCAACAUCCCGCUGGCCUUCCUCGAGCCCACCAUCGCCAACUGGAUGGAGGACACCAUGAACGCCAGCGAGUGGGAGAUCGGGAUGACGUGGUUUCCCGCCUUUUUCCCGCACGUGCUCGGCGUUUACCUGACGGUGAAACUGGCGGAGAAGUACCCCCACCUGCAGUGGUUCUACGGGGCCAUCGGCAUGGUGUUCAUCGGGGCCAGCUCGUGCACCGUGCCCGCGUGCAAGAACUUCGGGCAGCUGAUGAUCCCGCUGUGCGGGAUCUGCUUCGGCAUCGCCCUGGUGGACACGGCGCUGCUGCCCACCCUGGGCUUCCUGGUGGACGUGCGUCACGUGUCCGUGUACGGGAGCGUGUACGCCAUCGCGGACAUCUCCUACUGCGUGGCGUACGCGAUGGGGCCCAUAGUCGCCGGACAGAUCGUGCACAACCUGGGCUUCGUGCAACUGAACCUGGGCAUGGGCCUAGCCAACGUGCUUUACGCACCGGCGCUCAUCCUGCUGAGGAAAGUGUCCCAGAUGAAGCCGUCCUUCUCGGCGCGCGACAUGCUGCUGGAGGACGGGCCGACGGGACUGUACAACACCAUCAAGAUGGAGGACCGCGAAAAGAGGAGAAAGGGCCUGUGCACGACCAUAGACGAGAACGGCGUGGAGACGUUUGCGCAGCGCUCCUACUCCGAGGAGGAGUCCUCGGGCGGGGAGUACGCGUAAUAACGCCAGCCGUGAAGUGGCGGUCGAAGUAUCAAAGUGCCAAUAUCAACGACAUGACAGUACAUUCCCAUCAAUAUACUCGUUUGUUAUCCAUCUACGUUAUGCAACACAAGAGUCCCCUCUAAAGUCCGUUCGGUGCCCCGUCCCUGAGGACGCGUGUGGUCAUCUCAAUAAGAGAAAAAGCGCGUUUUAACUUGAGCGUAACCGUGUCGUUAAAAGAAAAAGAAAGAAUAUGCUAUCAUUGUAAACCAUGGAUUUCGUGUGAGCUUCAGGGAUUGUAUGUAAUUGUGUUUUGACUAAAAGAAAAAAAAAAAAGGAACAUCAAAUGUCCAUCAGAUUAGGUUCAUUUUGCCAGAAUUGUGCUGCUGAAAUCAUAUGCAAUACGUGCUACUUUUAGAGAGAUACCAUAGAUUAAACUGAAUUGAAGUGGACCGUGUCUUGAUGUCUGUACUCUAUAUUCUGUUUAUUUUGGAUGAUGUCCUGACUGGAAUACAUAGCCUAACAUUUAUAA